GAUGUCGCUCUAACAGCCGGCAACGGCGAACAAUUUUUGUUUGAUUUUCAUUGCGAAAGGCAUCAAUUUUAGAAUAAAUGUUGUAAAUAAUACGAAAAUAUAUUCAAGGUUCGUAUGUAAUUCUUAGAACAACGUCAAUUGCUUUUGAUGAUACCUAAGGUAUUCUACUUGUUAGGUAUAUUAUAAAUAGUGGGUAGGAUGGCCGGUCCCGAUGUUGCAGCUUUGGCAGCUGAUCUUGCAAGAGCAGUGGAGCUCACUAUGAGUCCCACAGCAGCACAAGCUGAUCGACUGAAAGCUUAUAAUGCUUGUGAGAGUUUUAAAGAGACUUCACCACUCUGCGCAGAGGCUGGUCUGUUCUUAGCUGCCGGAACACAACAUUCGAUUUUAUCAAGGCAUUUUGGGCUCCAGCUGAUGGAGCAUACUGUUAAGUAUCGAUGGACACAGAUAUCGCAAAAUGAGAAACUGUUCAUUAAGGAAAAUGCAAUGAAAUUACUGGCUGCUGGUGGCAUCAGUGAUGAGCCGCACAUGAAAGAUGCAUUGAGUAGAGUUGUUGUUGAGAUGGUGAAAAGGGAAUGGCCUCAGCAGUGGCCAGGUUUGUUGGCUGAAUUGUCAGAUGCUUGUGUUUGUGGAGAAAUACAAACUGAGCUAGUGUUAAUGGUAUUUUUGCGUUUGGUUGAGGACGUUGCGCUUUUGCAAACUUUGGAAUCUAACCAACGACGGAAAGAUAUUUAUCAAGCUCUUACAACGAAUAUGGCUGUCAUUUUUGAAUUUUUUCUACAAUUAAUUGAAUUACAUGUUGGUCAAUUUAGAGUUUGCAGUGAAACUGAAAACCAGCCUAAAGCAGCUGCACAUGGAAGAGUUGUACAAGUCGUACUCCUCACAUUGACUGGAUUUGUUGAGUGGGUUUCCAUGUCCCAUAUAAUGGCCCGCAAUGGAAGACUACUGCAAAUACUUUGUCUGCUCCUUAAUGAUAAUUCUUUUCAAUGUCCAGCUGCUGAAUGUUUGUCACAGAUUGUAAAUCGUAAAGGAAAACUUGAAGAAAGAAAAUCUUUAAUGUUUUUGUUCAAUGAUGAGGCUAUUCAGUGUUUAGUGUCAGCUGCCAAAGUUUCAAUUAUUACUCUCAACGAACAAGAUUAUUUAUUUAAGAAGAAAUUGAUUCAGAUUCUUUGUGGUAUUGGGACACAGUUAUGUUCCUUGUGGGGUAAGGAUGGUAUGCAACGUCCUUCAAACUAUUCCUUGUUUUUAGAUGCCAUUCUUGCAUUUUCUUCCCAUCCUAGUUUAACGCUUUCCCACCUCGCUAAUCCUUUGUGGAAUAGUAUGAUGAAACAUGAACACAUUUCUAGAGAUCAAGUUUUCCUGUCCUAUAUUCCGCAGUGGGUUCAAUGUACUGCUCCUAAAUUAAUUAAACUAACUUAUCCAACUAACAAAAACUCGAACAAUCCGAACGAGGCAGCUUCUUAUACUCGAUUCGAAUUUGAUAGCGAAGAAGAAUACUCUAUUUAUUUCCAUCGUUGUAAAUCGGAUUUCUCUGACAGCUUCAGACAAGCUACUGUAAUAGCUCCUAUCGUCACCUUUAGUUACGCAGAGCAGUGGUUGAUUAAAUGUCUGCAAGUACCAAAUAUUACUGGUGUUAAUACUACUGAUCCAGUAUACCUCGAAUGGGAAGCCCUUUCUAAUUGUUUGGAAAGCAUUUUGAGUCGCGUCUUGCAAGCUCAAGAACGGCCCUCCGUGCAAUCUGGAUUAACUCUUCUUCAGAUGUGUUUAACUUAUCAGCCAGUUGAUCCUCUUAUACUGUCUACACUUCUUACAUGCAUUUCUGCUUUAUUCGUUUUUCUAAGUAUGUCUUCAGGGCACAUGGCUCCAGCAAUUAAUUCAGUUGCGAUGUCUGGAGCAUCUCUACUACCUCAAGUUUUGGAAAAGAUAUUCUCUGCGUUGGUAUAUUCGCCACCUGGGCAAAGUAAAGAUUCAAGAUCAAGGGCUGUAAAAAAUGUAAGAAGACAUGCAGCGUCUUUAAUGGUUAAGAUCGGUGUCAAGUAUCCUCUACUUCUUUUGCCAGUAUUCGAUCAGAUUCGUGUGACUGUAGACAAUCUAUCACAUCACAAUGGUCCUGCCCAACUGAGCAUGCUGGAACGUGUUACCCUUCAGGAAGCUUUGCUCUUGAUAUCGAAUCAUUUUUGUGAUUACGAUCGGCAGAGUACUUUUGUCCGUGAAGUCAUGCGGGAAGCAAACGUACAGUGGACAUCUAUUGCUAAUUCUGGAGCGUUCAAAGGAGCCGUUGAAUUCAUGAAUUUCGUCGGAUUAAAUAAGACACCGGUCUCAGGAGACGAUCCAUGUGGAAUUAAUCGCAGUAAUUUGGUUUAUUGCGUUAAUUUGUUACUGGGAACAGUUAAAAGGUGCAACUGGCCAGAAGACCCUGAACGUGCAACCAGAGGCGGAUUUGUGGUUGCUUUGACUGAAGCUGGUAAUCCAGUAUGUAGAAAUCCAGCUGCGCCACACAUCGUGCCCCUUUUACCUCACAUAUUAUCUUUAAUUAGAAUUUUUAAUGAAAUUUUUACACCCGAAGCUCAAGCGAUUUUGCAUGAUGGUUUCAAGGGUUGUUUGAAUAUGCAGGAACUUGAAAAGGCCAAUUUGUUGGGACUUGUUGGGCACGUAUCCGAAGUAAACGAUACGCAAACGAAUAUAAGUACAUUGGAACGUAUGCAGAGAUUCUUGUGUGGUCUUCACGAAAGUUGCUAUCAUUUAAUGGGCUCAGUAGGUUCCAGUUUAGGCAGAGAUUUGUACAGUUUGCCUGAUUUGGGUCCUGCAAUUGUAACCAGCGUCCUGGCAUGCCUACAGUACAUUCCUGAUUACCGUUUGAGACCCAUCAUUAGAGUGUUUCUCAAGGCUUUUAUCUACUCAUGUCCUCAACCAUUUUACGAGGUUGUCCUCUUGCCAAUAAUGGCAUAUUUGGCUCCAUUAAUGGUAUCUCGAUUAAAUACGAAAUGGCAACAAGUUAGUGAAUUGAGAGGAAAAGAAGCUCAAGAUGACAAUGCUGAUGCACAAGAAGUGUUGGAAGAUAUAUUAACGAGGGCUCUGACUAGAGAGUACAUAGAUCUUCUGAAAGUGGCUUUAGUUGGUGGCAGCUUAACACCCGAAAAUAACCAGGACACUAUGGAAACUGAAGAUUUAAGCAUGGACGCUCCAACACCUACUCGUACCAAUUUAUCUAGCGAAGUAAUUUCUGAUCUUGGGACUUUACUACUGAGAUCAGAGAAGACGUGUCAAUCAUUGGUUCUGACCGUUCUUGGUACUCUUUCUUGGAUCGACAGUAAUGCCUCUCUAAAAGCCACUUUCCUCACCGGACCUAUAAUAAGACUGUUAGUCGCUGACAAUACACUAAACGGGGAAAUGGCAGCUCACAUAAUGGCGGCAGUGCUAAAUGGACUUACUCUUCAUGGACAACACGACGUAAACCAGGGUUCCUUGUUGACUCUGGGUGCACAAAUAUACGAAUUGCUCAGACCCACAUUCCCAGAAGUAUAUGCUGUAAUGCAACAAAUUCCAGGGAUCAAUCCCGUCGAUUUGCAAAAACUUGAUGAACGCAUUUCAGGACAGACCAGCAAGGGGAAUAAGGUUGAAAAAGUUAAGAAGGAUUUGUUUAAAAAGAUUACAUCUACGUUGAUUGGACGCAGCGUCGGACAAUUAUUCAAGAAAGAAGUAAAAAUUCAAGAUCUUCCCAGGCUAGCAAUUCCAGAGAGAUCGGUGCGAAAAGAGGUUAUUCCUGAUUUGAGAAAUAUUUUUAGCGCAUGAUUUAUCUGUUUCUAGCAUUUAGAAAUCUAAGUAAUUUAUUUUCAAUUCUAUUCUGCUACAAUUAUUGUACAAUAAUGGUGUUGUACAAUGACUGGUUUUAAACCUAUUCUAUGUAAAUAAUUUGUUACUCAUAUAUUAUUUGUUUAUU